AUGCCUCCAACACCGUACCUUAUAUUGCAAACCCCUACCAUCACCGAUACACAAACACACAGUGCCAUUGCUGAACGACAUGAGACACCAAGUGAUGCCACAGAUGAAAUGUCGUCGUCGGCCACAGUAUCUCAAAACAUCAUUUGUUUAACAUUGGAGGUGAUUUCCCAAACGAUGAAAAGCGCUAAAGUGUUGGUCACACAGGUCAUUUUCUCGAAAAAUGCAAUGGUGUGCUCAAAGAAGAAAAAGUGGCAUAUCAUUGACGAGGUUAUUCGAGAGUCAGUCCCGCAAUUCUUCAGGCCAAAUGCUGUUUUCCAGGAAUUCAUAACCAGUGCAUGCCAUCAGGUGGUCAGCAAUGCACUAUCCACAAGACGCAGGAAGAUGGUCAAAUUCACAUGUGAAGGUGUCUGUGAUGCAUUUCAACUAUUCCCCCCACAAGGACAUGCUUUACCAGCAGAUCAGUAUUGUGCUGCGAGGGUCAACAUAUUUAUACAUGGAGACAAUCCACUUAUGUUCAUGCACAACAUCUUUUUCGACGAGAAUGGUAACAUGAUUAUUCGCACGAAAUUCCAGAGCCAUUUUGUCAUGGCGAAUGUCAUCUGA